GACGGGCCCGGGGCCCGGGAUGAGCGGGGAGGCCUCCGGCGGGACCGGCACGGACACGGACAGUCCGGCCAGUCGCCGGCCCACAGAACGAUGUCUCCCGACGAGUGGACGUAUCUGGCCGUGCUCCUGGCCGCCGUCCCUAUCGGCUUUGCCUUCAAGACAGCAGGCCCCCGGGUGAAGCAGGUGGGUUCAGCGGCUGUAGGGCUGGGCUUGACGUUGCUGACCUGCGGCCCUCACGUCCUGCACUCCCUGGUCACCAUCCUGGGGACGUGGGGCAUCAUGAAGGUCCAGCCCAGGUCCUGCCACUUCCUGGCCUUGGGCUGGACGUUCUCUUAUCUGCUCUUCUUUCGCACGGUCACGGCCUUUGGCCUGCCGGCCCCCACGCCCUUCACCAAUGCCAUUCAGCUGCUGCUCACGCUCAAGCUGGUCAGCCUAGCCAGUGAGGUGCAGGAAUUCAACCGGGCCCGGCGGGAGGAGGCCACGGCCUUUGCCAAGACGCCGGCCGUGGGGCUGUUGCUCGGGGUGCCCACGCUGCCCGAGAUGCUGAGCUACAGCUACUGCUACGUGGGCAUCAUGACAGGCCCCUUCUACCGGUACCGCACGUACCAGGAUUGGCUGUCGCAGCCUUACGCGGGCACCGUGCCCACCUGGCAGCCCCUGCUGCGUCGGGCCCGGCUGGCCCCGCUCUUCGGCCUCCUCUUCCUCCUGUCGUCCCACUUCUUCCCGCUGGACUACGUGCGGGAGGAGGCCUUCUACGCCCGCUCCUUCGCCUUCCGGCUCUUCUACAUGACCCCCGUCUUCUUCACCUUCCGCAUGCGCUUCUACGUGGCCUGGAUCAUGGCCGAGUGCGGCUGCAUCGCGGCCGGCUUCGGGGCCUACCCCGUCGGGGCCAAGGCCAGGGCCGGGGGCGGCCCGACCGUCGAAUGUCCUCCCCCCGACAGUCCGGAGCGGGCCGGGGCCGUGGAGUACGAUUACGAGACGAUCCGGAACAUCAACUGCCACGGCACCGACUUCUGCGUCCGGGUGCGGGACGGGAUGCGCUACUGGAACAUGACGGUGCAGUGGUGGCUGGCCCAGUACAUCUACAAGAGCGCUCCGGCCCGCUCCUACGUGCUGCGGAGCGCAUGGACCAUGCUGCUGAGCGCCUACUGGCACGGCAUCCACCCCGGCUACUACCUGAGCUUCCUGACCAUCCCGCUGUGCCUGGCGGCGGAGGGGACCCUGGAGUCCGGGCUGCGGGGCCGGCUGGGGCCCGGGGCCCGGCGGGGCUGGGAUUGGGUGCACUGGUUCCUGAAGAUGCGGGCCUACGACUACAUGUGCAUGGGCUUCGUGCUGCUGUCCCUGGGGGACACGGUGCGCUACUGGGCCUCCGUGGGCUUCUGCAUCCACCUGCUGGCCCUGGCCCUGCUGGGACUGGGGCUGGCCCUGGGCGGGGGGCCGGGCCGCCGGGGAAACCGCCCGCCUCCGGACAAGUCCCACGAAGAGUGAGGGGCCCGGCUCCGCCUCCCGGCCCGAGGGAGACGGCCGAGGCUUCUCGCCUCCUCGGGACUGUGACUCUCAUCGGCCUCUGGGGCGGGAACCCCACGCCGCGGAGGAGGCGGGUGCCCAGAGCCUCCCGGGAGUCGAAUUCCCCUUCCCGGGGCAGGAGUGGGGGACCGGGAGCACGCUCCCUGAAGGCCUCUAGAGGAAGGGAGGGACCGACCCUGGUGGCCACAGCUCCCGCUCCUCUGCUGCCCCCUCCUUCCCUGCUCCCAGGGCUGUAUGAUCCCCACUCCGGGGUAACCUAGGCCCCCUCAACCCAGAAAUCCUCCCCAUCCCCACCACCCCCCUGAUCUGGGGCUGGAUGCCCCCGUCCCAGGAGGAGAGGAGCAAGGAGCGGGGGCAGGUGGAGGCCCUCACAGUUUACAGGGGCAGGGUGACGGGCCGGGGAGAACAGGAGAUAGGAGGAAGGAAAUAGAGGCUUUUUUUUAAUUAUUAUUCUUCUUCUGAACAGUGUUUUUCCCAAUAAAGAGCCUAGUGCUGACCUAUCCAUGCA